AUGUUAUUCCUCCUUUCAUCGGCUUUGCUCGUCUCCAUCAUCGCUUUACCAGCUGCUGUCCUGGCGCAGUGGCCAAACAUGGGACCCACAGGCUUCAAUAUCACAAGCGUCGAUAUUGCGGGAAAUGGCUGCGUACCCAAGUCGACCUCUUAUGUCAUGAAUGCUGACAAGAAUGCAAUAACUGUGGCCAGUAACGGCUAUUGGGUUGAGACCGGGCCAGGUAUCGCUCUUAAUCAAACUCGCAAAAGCUGUCGGUUGACCUUCAACACCGAGAUGCCGCACAGAUGGCGCUUCGGUCUCCUCUCUGUGGAUUAUACGACGUAUUACCACCUCGACGCGAAGAUUACUGCUGAUCAGCAGGUGACCUAUUACUUCAAGGGAGAACUGCAGCAAGGUACCACGCGCUCUACGUUCGUCGGACCCAUGGCUCCUCGGGAAUACACGUACCGUGAUCAGUAUGACUUCGGAUUUGCCGUCGAGAGCCCUUGCAACACCACCUCGGUUGUGUGGUACAUGCACAGCGACAUUCGGGUAGGUAAUGCACGCAAUGCUGAAGGUACCGGGCGCAUUGGCUCAGAUGCAGUCAACCCCCCGUCACUCAAACAAACGUACAGCCUCUAUUGGGUGAAGUGUUGA